GCGCUCAUCUCUAGGUUUGACAGCUGUUUUGUGUUAUCGAAAUCGAAAAUUUAAAUCAACAACAAUAACAACUGUUUGCGAGAAUGCCAGCAAUAUUUCGGUCGCAAUGCUUAAAAAGCAUAUGGCACCUGGUGCGCCACCACAGUCUAAGGCCAAAUCAGAAUGCGGUGGUUAUUGCUGCCGCCGUGCGUACGCCCAGCACGUUGGAGUAUACCAAAGAGGAUCAGUUGGCUGGCAUGGUCAUAGAUGAGCUGGUGAAGCGCACUUCAGUGCCGCGGGAUGAAUUCAAGAAGCUAAUAGUCUGCACCUCUAGCGAGAUUGUUAACAACGAUUCGCUGCGCAGCGUUGCCAAACAUCUGGGUCUAAAAAGCUGUCAGGCACACGCCAUCCGGAAUGAGGCGUGUUCGGUAUGCGGACUGCAGAUGUCAUUGGAAAGCCUGCAGAAAGAUCAAGAUGGUUGGAUCAUAUUGGGAGACACGCGAGCGAACCUCAAACAGCAGGAAAAUGAUGUAAAGCACAGCGAGUUGUUAACGGAAGGUAUGCCGCUCAGACAUCCACGAGCGAAUCUGCAAGAGAAGCCAGCCUCAUCAGAGUGUCCAGGCGCUGCAGCCGUUGCCCUGACCACCGCUCAAACAGCAGAGCGCCUACAAUUACAGCCAUUGGCGGUGGUGCGCGAAUUUUUCAUAGAGCACGACAAUGAACAGGCAAUAUAUCGGCUAACCGGCGAUCAGCCAAUUAAGUUAAAUGACGUGCACAGCUGGCAGCUAGUCAUAAAAGAGGAGCUGAAGGAUCAGCUGGGCGCGUUGGCCGCUCUGGACGUCAACGAAGUGCGCACGCAUGAUAUUAGGCAAAUCACUGCUAGCCAUUUGCUGACGCACACAGUUCAUGCCCUACCCGCUGGCAGCCUGGGCUGCGUCAUUAUGGAGUCGGGCGAUGGGCGAUGCGUUCUGAUGGUGCUUGAGAAAAUCAUACCAACGCCCAGUCAAGCUGAAAGCUUGCCGCAGCUGACGCUCUACACCAAGGAGCCUUGCCCGCUUUGUGAUGAGCUGGUCGAUAAGCUGGAAAGAAACUUUUCUGGCGAGUUCGAACUGCGGAAGGUGUUUAUCGAUCGCAAAGAGAAUGUGCGCUAUCUGCGACUCUUCCGCUAUGAUAUACCCGUGCUCUUUCUCAAUGGCCAAUUCCUCUGCAUGCACAGUCUUAAUGAGCAGGUGCUGCGCGAACGACUAGACGCCCUAAAGGCCACUGGUAGAGAACAUAAGAAAACUUAGCCAGCGCAUAUAGUUGAUUAUAUGUUGAAGCUCCGUUUAUUUUAUAAAUCAAAUUCUAAGUG